GAGUCUCACUGUCACCCAGGCUGGAGUGCAGUGGUGCGAUCUCGGCUCACUGCAACCUCUGUCUCCGGGGUUCAAGCGAUUCUCAUGCCUCAGUCUCCUGGGAUUACAGGCGCGCACCACCACUCCCGGCUAAUUUUUGUAUCAGUAGAGACAAGGUUUCACCAUGUUGGCUAAGCUGGUCUUGAACUCCUGACCUAAGGUGAUCCGCCCGCCUCGGCCUCCCAAAGUGUUGGGAUUACAGGCGUAAGCUACCGCGCCCGGCCAGUUUUUAACACUAUUAGCCACACUGAAACUGAACUAUUGAUCAAGUGACGCCACACAAAGAGGGGUAAAUCCCCUGUUCAACAAAGGGUUUGUGACGCCCCUGGGUGCUGACAAGCCAAACCGCACCCUCCCUGCGGCACUUCGCGGGCCGGUAGGGCUGGGAGCCCGGCUUCUGGGGAGGUGCCGCCCCUCCACUGGCGCAGGCCGCCGAGACCCCCGGACAGACCUCCUAGGGCUAAUCUGAUAGUGCCUCUGAGGUCGAUAGGACUCCACGUGCCACUCCCUGCAGGGUCAUCCUGCAAGUAAUUCCUAGACCCGUAGGUGCCCGCAGAGCCGGUUACCUCUGGUUCUGCGCCAGCGUGCCCCACCCGCAGGACGGCUGGGUUCUUUGAUUUCUACACUUUCUAAAACCAAACCCGAGAGGAAGGGCAGGCCCAGGGUGGGGAUGCCCUGAAAUAUUCGAGAGCAGGACCGUUCCUACUGAAGAGAAGUUUACAAGAACGCUCUGUCUGGGGCGGGCGAGGCCUCAGUGAGGCGGGUCCGGGAGCCAGGGCAGGGCGUGGGCCGCGCGCCCCGGGUCGGGGGAGUCGAGGGCAGGAAGAGGGGGAGGAGACAGGGCUGGGGAGCGCCCUGUCGAGCGCCCGCCAGGCUCCUCCCGCUCCCGCGCCGCCUCCCUCUACCCACCAGCCGCACGUACUAAGGAAGGCGCACAGCUCGCCGCGCUCGCCUCUCCGCCCCGCUUCCAGCUCGCCCAGCUCGCCCAGCGUCCGCCGCGCCUCGGUCAAGGCUUCAACAGACCACACCAAAAUGCCAUCUCAAAUGGAACACGCCAUGGAAACCAUGAUGUUUACAUUUCACAAAUUCGCUGGGGAUAAAGGCUACUUAACAAAGGAGGACCUGAGAGUACUCAUGGAAAAGGAGUUCCCUGGAUUUUUGGAAAAUCAAAAAGACCCUCUGGCUGUGGACAAAAUAAUGAAGGACUUGGACCAGUGCAGAGAUGGCAAAGUGGGCUUCCAGAGCUUCUUUUCCCUAAUUGCGGGCCUCACCAUUGCAUGCAAUGACUAUUUUGUAGUACACAUGAAGCAGAAGGGAAAGAAGUAGGCAGAAUUGAGCAAUUCCCUCCUCCCUGAUAAGAGUUGUCCCAAAGGGUCGCUUAAGGAAUCUGCCCCACAGCUUCCCCCAUAGAAGGAUUUCAUGAGCAGAUCAGGACCCUUAGCAAAUGUAAAAAUAAAAUCUAACUCUCAUUUAACAAGCAGAGAAAGAAAAGUUAAAUACCAGAUAAGCUUUUGAUUUUUGUAUUGUUUGCAUCCCCUUGCCCUCAAUGAAUAAAGUUCUUUUUUAGUUCCAAA